AUGGAUCUGAUGCCAGAAUCUGAGCAUAUUCCUAGGUCGAUGGUUGAUCUGUUGAAUGAAUCUAAUGGUAAUAAAGUGCCUAAUUUCUUAUCUGGUAUUCAUAGCUUUCGUGAUAAAUUGAUGAAUAAAGUUAAUAUGACCAAAAAUGUGGGGAUUGAUAUUAACUGCUUGGAUACUGAUUAUGAGGGUUUGAAUGAUGAGGAUGAUGUGUUCAUCUCUCGUGGUGAGCGUGGGCCGAGUAUACACUUCUCUGAUCGUGCUAUGGCUCGAUUUUGUGAACCUUGGAAAAAUGCUUUGAUCAUUAAGCUCCUUGGUCGCUCUCAUACGUAUAACUACCUUCAUGAUCGCUUAGCUCAAAAAUGGAGUUUGGUGGGAGGGUGGAAGCUUAUUGACUUGGUGAAUGAUUAUUUUGUUGUGAGAUUUGAUUUGGAAGAGGACUUAAAUUUUGUGUUAACUGGAGGGCCUUGGAUGAUUGCGGGGCAAUACUUAACCAUACAACAAUGGAGGCUUGGUUUCUGCCCUUCUACUGCGCACAUCACAAGAAUGGCUGCUUGGAUUAGAGUAUCUGCCAUACAGCUUGAAUGUUUUGAUGUUUGGUCUCUUAGGAGGAUUGGCAACCUUCUUGGUAAAUUGCUGAAAAUUGAUUCGUUGACUACUUCGCAAAAUAGGGGUAAGUUUGCUCGUUUAUGUGUGGAGUUGGACCUAACUAAGUCCCUUGAUGCCUUUGUGCAAAUAAAUCAGAACUGGUACAAUAUUGAGUAUGAGGGAUUACCUGACAUUUGUUAUCUAUAUGGGUGUUAUGGUCAUAAAAGGGAGAAUUGUACUUUUAAAUCUGUGAAUUUGUCAGAUGAGGCAGGGAAAGCUCAAGGUGCAGGAGUGGGACCUAUGAAUCAUGACUCUGUUGGGGUUACAGAAACUGUGAAGAUGGCUGAGGAUAGCUUGCGAGGCCCUUGGAUGAAUGUGCAAUCUAGAAGGCGACCAAAAAAUAUUCGUAAGGAUGUUCCUGGGGCAGGGUUCUGGUGGUAG